CCCCAAAAAAGUUGAAGUCACACUUUCCAAAAGGGACAAAAUUCUGUUUUUGGCUUGUAAAAAAAAGAGAGUGCUUUACUUUUUUUUUUUUUUUUUUACAUACAAUGGCAACCUUUAAAUAUUGUUUAGACUGUAAUAACUUGUUAUACCCAAAAGAAGAUAAAUCGAGAAGAAAGUUGAUGUUUGCAUGUAGAAAUUGUCAAUAUGAAGAAGAAGCCGAGAAUGUCUGUGUGUAUAGACACGAAAUCGUACAUGCACCUUCUGAACAGACCAUGAUGUUGGCUGAUUUGAGUACUGAUCCUACUCUUCCUCGUGCCAAUGUUACUUGUGCAAAAUGUGGCAAUCCCGAAGCUGUUUUCUUCCAAUCUUCUUCCAGACGCCCUGAUGCAAAAAUGACACUUUAUUACGUAUGUGGUAACCGAGGCUGUGGUCACCGUUGGGACGAAGCAGACGAGAGUAAAAAGUAAUGCAUUUCUGCACUUUAAAAAAUUAAAAAUAAAAAAUAAUGACCGGCCCUCUUGGAUUUAAAAAAAAACAUA